AUGUCGCUUGUGGCAGAUUCAGUCAAGCCAACCCCGGCAGCCAGCGGCUACUACAACCUGGGCGCCUAUAGCCGUAAGGUCAGCACCAAGAGUGAAGCUGCACAGGCCUGGUUUGACCGUGGUCUGGUCUGGUGCUAUUCAUUUAACCACGAGGAGGCCUAUAAAUGCUUCGAGCAAGCGGUGGUCCAGGAUCGAAGCUGUACUAUGGCAUACUGGGGCCUUGCCUAUGCGGCAGGGCCCAACGACAAAUAA